AUCCACUCCAUCUUCCCAUCUGUGACGAGCAGUAUAGACCACCACCACCUCAACAGCAUAGAAGAGACAUGGUGAAGCACUCAUUCACAAUGCCGAUCUCGGCCUUCGAGCUCAGCAACAGCAGACUCCCGCGCCCGUCCCACAACGGCGAAAGCUCGUCGCCAGACGAAUUCUCCGCCCUGCUCCCCACCUCGGCGCGCAGCGCGAACCACCACUACAUCAGUCCGCGCGAGGUGACGGAGGUGUGCGUCCGGCUGCGUCUUAUGCUGGACGAGAUUAUUCCGAUCGAGAUCAAGGAAACGCGUAUCUCGCGCCCGGGAUCGACUUCCAUCAUCACGCCUGCCGUCGUCGAGACCGCGCUCGCGGCCGCGGACGGGGAUCGCAGGGCGUGCAUUGUCUUUGCGCUGCUGACGGUCAAGAUGUGGUAUGGCAAGCUUGAGCGGCGCGAGCUGUGCGAUGCGGAUCUGUACUCGCUCAAGGCCGAAGCGUGUGCGAUGAUUGCAAAGCGCAUUAUCGAGGAAGAACAAGACCAGGACUUUCUAUUCAAGGAAAUGCUCUGUCGCCGCUUCUCGCUCAUCGUCGACAACGAGGUCACCGACGCGCGCAACGCGCUCGAACUCGCGGUCGACAUCCACUCGCUCACAGUCAUAGGCUCGUCCGGGUACCAGAAAUGCAUCUCCUGGAUCUGGCACGGCUGGAUCGUGCCGAGCCCCGUGCGCCCGUCAGAGUACGUGUCGUAUACGGACGUGGCCGUGCCUGACUUUUGGACGCAUUUCAAUCCCGACCGGAUCAAGACUCCGCUGUACCAGAACGGCCUCCAGCUCGCGUUCUCGAUCGUGUACCUCGCGCUCUACACCGGCGCCGUCAAUACCGCAAACCCGGGCGGCAACUUUGACCCGGUUGAGGGCCUGCUCUAUGUGUUUACUCUCGGCUUUCUCUUUGACGAGAUUGUAAAGUUCUACCAUAUCGGUAUCUACUACUUUAGCUUCUGGUCCGUCUUCAACGACACGCUGUACGGCCUUCUCAUCGUCUCCUUCGUCUUCCGCAUCAUCGCGCUCUCGGUCCCCGAUAACAGCAGCGCGCGCCACUCCAACGACGUGCUCGCGUACCAAUUCCUCGCGUUCUGCGCGCCAUUGAUGUGGUCCCGCCUGCUUCUCUUUCUCGACAUGCAAAAGUUCUUUGGCGCGAUGCUCGUCGUCGUCAAGGAACUCAUGAAAGAGUCUGUCGUCUUCUUCGUCCUGCUCAUCAUCAUCAUGAUUGGCUUCCUGCAGGCGUUCGUCGGCCUCGACUCCGCGGACGGAUACCUCGACACCGGCGCGAUGUCGAUCUCGUACAUGGUCCGCUCGGUGCUGCAGUCUCCCGAAUUCGAGCCGUUUGAGAUGUUUGCCCCUCCGUUUGGCGCGCUGCUCAACUACAUCUUCACCUUUGUAGUCUCGGUCCUGCUUCUCAACAUCCUGAUUGCGCUCUUCAACUCUGCGUACGAAAAAGUGUACGACAACGCGGUCGACGAGUUCCUCGCGCUGUUUGCGCAAAAGACGCUCCGCUUCGUGCGCGCGCCGGACGAGAACGUGUUUGUCCCGCCGUUGAACCUGAUUGAGAUCUUUGGCCUCAUCCUGCCGUUCGAGUGGUGGAUGCCCAAGCACAGAUACGCAAGACUGAACGACUACGUCAUGACUGUCGUCUACUCACCCGUCCUCGUCCUGAUCUCGGCCUACGAGGUCUACGUCGCGGGCUGCAUCCUGCGCAACCGCGCCUCGGGCGAGGAAGACGACGACACGCAGGACGAGUGGGAGUACCCCGAGAUCGAGUCCGAGGUCGGUGCCUCAGACUGGCUCGAGCGCGUGCGCGAGGCUUCUCCGCACGCGGAUCUCGACCCGGCGACGUAUGAGAUCAGACAGUUGAAGAAGCAGGUCGAUGAACUGACUGCCGUGAUUGCAGCGUUGAAGCAGGAUUUGGGCGGCGGCAAGAAGAGGGCCGAGAGUACGACUACGGGUGGAGACACUGAGAAUGAGAUUGAGAAUGAGACAGAGACGUUGCUGGAUGUGGAUAGCAAUUCUAGGUCGUCCGAGUGAUCUUUACUCUUUACUUAGAUGACUUAUUUGGAUGACUUUUGAUUUUACGUACUUUGAUAUAUGGUUGAUAUAUGGAUGCUGGGUUGCUGGUCUGUUACGGUUAUUUUGUGAAUUGUUAUGGUGUAGCGAAUAUAUAUGUCUUGACUACUAUA